AUGGUAUGGUUCGACAUUAUUUCAGCAACAAGCACUAAUAUUAAAUCAACUCUACCUAGUGAAGUAGCGAAUACUCCUCUACCUCGAGUAAUCUUAUAUGGUGAUUGUUGCCAUUUAAUUAAGUAUCUGAUUGAUUACUAUGAUUAUACCAUCCACAAGACACCAGCAUCGAGCUGGCUUAUAAAUUGCCAAUUUGCUAUCGACAAACUUCACUGGCCGAAUCAUAAAGAUAUAUGGUGUCGUAAAUAUUUGUGUCCUUACAAAAAUCCAGUUGUACAAGCCAACAAUACGCAAUCAUGUGAACAAGCAAAUUCAGUGUUAAAGAAAUAUGUCAAUCAAUUCAACAGAAUGAAUGAAGAGCGUUCAGUUUUAAUGCUUUAUUUUCUAAUGCAUGGACGUAAUUGUAUUUUAAAAAAGUUGAAUGUUUUUGAGCGUUGUGUAGCAUCAAACAAGAUGCCAAUGAACACAAGAUUCGCUGCCAAUCGUCGUUCUGUACGACAAACGCAAACAUCAAAAUGUAAAAAGCUUCCAGGAUUUUUAUUGCAAGGUUUAACACAUCGAAAUAAUGUAAAUCAAAAUGAAGAAUCUUCAUCAUUUUCGGACGUAGAGAAUGAAAAUGAGAUCGAAAUGCAUGACAGCGAUUUGUUAGUAGCUGAUUCAAGUCCUAUAACUUAUUGUAAAGAUCUAUCACACCUGGUAAAUACAUCAUAUACUAUAGCACGCAACAGAAAGUUACAUGAAAUUUAUAAAUCUCUAUUUACCUUCAACAAAAUGACAAUCAAGAGUUCAUGUUAUCCACUUAUAACAUGGAUCAACCACCUAAUUUAUCACUCAAUGACGACAAUGCAAAAUGUCAUCAACACUCAUUUACGUCUGAACAACAAGUCAAUUGUUUGUCGACCAACAACCAAAUGGAUCAUCAUACAGAACAACAUCAAAACUAAACACCAGCUGCACAAUAUUGAUACUAAUUUAACUAAUCAACACCUCAAUACUCAAUCUUCGUUGGCUGAUAGUGAUCCAACACUGAAAGAAAAUCCAUUUAACAAUGACGAAAUUCAAGAGCAACAUAUAUUAGAUCCAACUGCCGCUGCUAACUUCCAGAUAGACGAUAAAAGCCAUUAUACAACGUACUUUUAUAAACAAUCAGACUUUAAAGAUUAUUCAAAUUCUAGAAUCGAAGCGCGUGCACCUAUAUUGUUCACUGGUAAACGAUUUAUUUUAUAA